CUUACACUGUAAGUGCGUGCACGUGCCUUGUAACCUGCGACGAUGUCGUUCGCUACUCGAAGCGACAGUCUUCUAGUGGAGCAACAAGACAGCGAUAAAAGGUUUUCGUUGUUGCUGUUGGAGCCUGGAGAAAUCUAUUUUGAGGACUUCAGUGCUAUCUACUAUCCGUUUGGCUUGUCGGAGGCGACAGCUUUUAAACGGAAACAACGGGGAAGACUCAAGCUUUGUAGUAAGUCAAUACUGUUUGAUCCCGAGGACGUCGGUCAGCCUAUACUGAAGUUGAAUUUCCGUGAUGUCAAGUCAUUAGGUCAGUGGGCUGGAUCAUUGCUCUCCAAACUUGACACAAGGGGGAAAGUCCUUUCAGUGAGAUCUACACAAGUGAUUGAAAUGAAAGAAGGAAACAUGAUUGCUCCCUACAAAUUUUCAAGAAUAAACAAAGAGUAUUUGUUCUCUCUCACAUAUGUUGGUCUUGAUGAUGUGCUGCCUCGGAUGCAUCAGCUGUAUAAAGCAUUAACCUUGGGAUGUUUUGAUCAAAGAGCAAUGAUUUCAAGUAUAGUCAAGGCCAGACAAGCUAUGGUGUCUUUUAAUGCAAGCUGGCUGGAGUCUCUUUAUGAGAAGAUUGCUGUAGAAACAACUGGCGAUCGUGUUACACCUUUGGUACAGAAUCCAGGCCAAAUAGUUCUUACAACUGCUUUUCUUUACUUUCAACCGUUCAACAAAGAACCGGAAAUUGUGUUGAAAGUAAAACUGUCCAGCAUGGGACAGAUUGUUAAACGAAGAUACCUUCUUAGACAAGUGGGUAUUGAGAUUUUCUAUGGAGAUUCAAGUAACUUACUCCUAGUCUUGCCUACCACAUCGGAGAGAGAUCAUUUAUACGAUGAACUUAUUUCUCAACCAGAAGUUCAACUUCAAGAUACAGGCCAAGAACACAUGACUUUAAAAUGGCAGAAUGGUGUCAUAUCUAAUUAUGAUUAUCUCAUGUAUCUCAACAGUAUGGCAGAUCGAAGUUUUAAUGACUUGACACAAUAUCCUGUGUUUCCCUGGAUAAUAUGUGAUCUUGAGAGCAAAGAACUUGAUUUACAAAAUCCCAAGAUCUUUAGGGAUUUAAGCAAGCCCAUUGGGGCUUUGAAUCCAGAGCGCUUGGCAAGAUACAAGGCACGAUACAGAGAUAUGCCUGAACCAAAAUUUCUUUAUGGCUCUCACUACUCUACACCAGGCUAUGUGCUAUUUUAUCUUGUCAGAAUUGUGCCUGAGUAUUUACUGUGCUUGCACAAUGGACGAUUCGAUCAUCCUGAUCGCAUGUUUAAUAGUGUAAUGGACACUUGGGAAAACUGUCUCAAUGGAGCUGCUGACGUGAAGGAGCUUAUUCCGGAGUUUUACCAGCCUCCUGGUGACUUUCUGUUGAACAAGCUGAACUUAAAUCUUGGAAUGAAACAGGAUCGAUCAAAAGUGCAUCACGUAGCUCUACCUCCUUGGGCAAAAGAUCCUGAUGAUAUGACUCGAAAGCUACGUGAAGCAUUGGAGUGUUCGUAUGUGUCUGAACGUCUGCAUCACUGGAUUGAUCUCAUAUUUGGUUACAAGCAACGUGGACCAGAGGCCGUAAAAGCCUGCAAUGUAUUUUAUCAUUUGACAUACGAAGGAACUGUAGACCUAGACAGUAUAAGUGAUCCAAACGAAAAGGCGUCUCUUGAAAAUCAGAUCCUUGAGUUUGGUCAGACACCAAAGCAACUUUUUACUCAUCCACAUCCACGAAGAAAUACUGCAUCUACCAGAGGUGCAACAACAAAAGGACUAUCUCUCACUUCAGAGCCUUCUGUCGAUUCAACAGAUGAUGGAGCUGCAUUAGACACAGACUCGCCAUUAAUAAGUGAAGCAUAUAGUGUAUCAAAGGAUUCUGAGAACUCGUCUUGGCAACAUUUGGCAAACUUGAAACUUUGUUGCGAACAAAGAGCUCACAAAGAAUCUGUCACGGCUGUUGCUUUUUCACAUGAUGGUCAGACUGUAUUUUCUGUUGCACAAGAUACAACACUAAAGAUUUUAUCACUAACCAACUUGCAGCAAUUAAGAAGUGUCAGCUUCUCACCUUUAGCAUUGUCUUCAUGUACUGUGAUGCCUGACUCUCGAACUCUUGUGCUGGGAUCGUGGGACAACAACAUCUAUAUUUAUUCAGUUGAAUUUGGACAUGUGCUGGAGUCCGUGCUGGUACAUGAUGAUGCCGUGUCAAGUGUUCAUUGGCAGAAUGAUCUGCUCUUGACAUCGUCGUGGGACACUUGUGUGAAGGUAUGGAGAUAUAAGCCAGAAGAUGGUGGGAAAAAAGGACCUUCACCGCAGUUCUUGGCUGAGUUGGAACAUGAAACAGAGGUAAACUGUGUUAACAUCGACACUUCUAGCAAGUAUGCAGUGUCAGGGACAGUGGAUGGUGCUUUGAUUAUUUGGAAUCUUGAAGAUCAGACGAUGCUUAGCCAACAUUCAGUUCAUUCGGGUAAAGUCAAUGCCGCCUGCUUUAGUCCUGAUGGUCAACGAGUUCUAUCUGCUGGUGCUGAUAACUAUCUCAAAGUGCUGGAUGUCAACACUGGCACCGAAAUUUAUUCAAAAUCAGCAGGAGAAGGGCUUCAAUGUGCUGCAUGGAAUGGUGAUAUUGUGCUGGCUGGUGACAAUUCAGGUAACCUGCAUGUGUGGAAUCUUGUGGAGGUACAGCCGAUCGCUAUCCUACGAGGCCACAAAGGAGCUGUCACAUGCUUUGCUGUAUCCCCAAAUGGUAUGCAUGUUGUCACAGGCGGUGAAGACAAAAAAGUAGUCUUAUGGAGUGUCGCAUAGCAUGAACAGUUAGAGUUGCAAUCUAGUAUCUUUUCUACUCUACAUCUGAAGUUAAUGCAUUUACCUCAUAGGCAUUGUGUACUGUACAUAAAGUGUACGUAAACAAUCGUUAGUUCUUUGCUAGGAAGUCUCGU